CUCUUCAAAUUCCCACUGGCGCUGGCGGGCGCCAUAUUAGAAAGCUGAACAGAAACAAUGUAUUCAGGGGGAUCUACCGUGGAACUGGAUUUCUACCCUAUGGAAGAAGAGAGCAGGGCAGCUAGGCCUAAGCCUCUGAUGAUGAGCAACAAACUCUCUGAGCGAAGAAGAAGCUUCCGAGAAAUUCAGAGCGUGAUAACUAAGAUGAAUCCUGAGGUCGUGAAGGGUGUGAUUGGUUGUUCAGCAGGCAGUGCAAAACCCACCACGAUCACCGUCCCGUCCUUUUCAGCUUCUUCUUCUUCUAGUUUUACUCCAAGGGAGCAUCUGACUGAUUUCCCCAUGAUCCCUACAUUGAUGCCUAUUUACGUGGCCCCGCCCCCGACCAUAUACAGGUACUGUUACUGUUGAGAUGCACAAAUGUUGAGGAGUCUGGCGCGGCCACGACGGUUGGAUUCCCUCCAAAUAAAGUGUAGUAGGCGGGCGCGAUAAGGUGCAGGUUUAGGGUAGUCCGAAGUAGAAAGUUUGUUUAUACUAGGACACAAACACAAGGCUCUUAGAAAAUCCAAUCAAACAUGAUAUGAUAUGCCCUAAAAACUUACAAAGCGUUGGGUUCUCUUCUCGUCGCAAACUGUUACAGAAAUGAAUGAACAUCAUUCCAUUCCUAUGUCCUGCAAUGAAGGAAAACGAACACCGGGGGCUCCAAAGACGGAUUACCCUUAGGCGGUAGACAUGCAUAACU